AUGAUGGGAUCUAUAGGUCGUCCGCUCGUUUUUGUUAUCAAUUGGCGCACUCUCGAAGAAACUGCUGCCAUCUUCGAUGGUCAGGAAGGAAUGGGCCAGACUGCCGCACAUGCAGGCCCCAUGCACCGUGUGGACGACAUCAAAGAGAAAGAGACGAAAUUGCAGUCUGAAGUCGCUACGAAUUAA